AUGUCGUCAAGUGAGCUGGCACAGUUGUUGGAAAACACCAUUUUGAGUGGUGACCAAUCCAUACGUAUUGCGAGCGAAACCCAAUUGAAGAAGUUAUCGAAUGAAAAUUUCUUGCAGUUUGCAGGGCUGCUUUCAAGCGUUUUAGUAGAUACGAGUGCCAAGCUGGAGGCUAGGAUUCUGGCGGCAUUGAGUUUGAAGAACGAGCUCAUCUCGAAGGACUCGGUGAAGAACCUACAAUAUGCUCAACGUUGGGUUACUGUUGUAGACCCCGGUUCCAAAGAACAGAUAAAACAAAAUGCAUUGCUGGGACUCACUGCCAAUGAUGAACCACGUGUGGCAAAUGCGUCCGCACAGCUAAUAGCGGCUAUUGCAAAUAUUGAACUGCCUCGAGGUGAAUGGCUCGAUCUGAUGAAAAUUAUGGUGGAUUACACUACUCCCUCGCAGCCAGAAAAUGUCAAGAGAGCGUCUCUUUUGGCUCUGGGUUACAUCUGUGAAAGUGCUGACCCUCAGAGUCAAGUCUUGGUCUCCUCUUCGAAUAAUAUUUUGAUCGCGAUUGUUCAAGGUGCCCAGGCGUCUGAAAUUUCGACACCUGUUAGAUUGGCCGCUUUGAAUGCUUUGGCAGAUUCUUUGGUGUUUAUCAAGAACAAUAUGGAAAGAGAGGGUGAAAGAAACUACUUAAUGCAAGUUGUAUGUGAAGCCACUCAAGCCCAGGAUUCUAAUAUUCAGACCGCUGCUUUUGGUUGCCUUUGUAAGAUAAUGUCACUGUAUUAUCAAUUCAUGAAGCCUUACAUGGAACAAGCUUUAUACGCUUUAACAAUAGCUACAAUGAAAUCGCAGGAUGAUAAGGUAGCUUCAAUGGCUGUUGAAUUUUGGUCAACCAUCUGUGAAGAAGAAAUUGAUAUCGCUUAUGAAGUUUCACAAUUUCCACAAUCGCCUUUGCAAAGCUAUAAUUUUGCGCUAUCUUCGAUUAAAGACGUUGUGCCAAAUCUAUUGAAUCUUCUAACACGGCAAAACGAAGAUCCUGAAGAUGACGAUUGGAAUGUUUCAAUGUCAGCUGGUGCGUCAUUGCAACUCUUUGCUCAGAAUUGUGGUAAUCAUGUUUUGGAACCAGUUUUACAAUUCGUUGAACAAAACAUUACGAGUGAUAAUUGGAGAAAUCGUGAGGCAUCGGUGAUGGCCUUCGGCUCUAUUAUGGAUGGACCAGACAAGACACAGCGCACUUAUUAUAUUCAUCAAGCAUUGCCAGCAAUCUUGAAUUUAAUGAAUGAUUCCUCGGUACAGGUCAAGGAGACAGCCGCAUGGUGUAUUGGUAGAAUCGCUGAUUUAGUUAUUGAUUCAAUUGAUCCACAACAACAUUUACCUGGGGUUGUUCAAGCUUGCGUUCUUGGUUUACAAGAUCACCCAAAAGUAGCCACAAAUUGUUCUUGGACAAUUAUCAAUCUAGUGGAACAGUUAGGUGAAAUUAAACCAUCGCCAAUCUACAAUUACUACCCUGCUCUGGUUGAUGCUCUCAUGAAAGCUGCGAACAGGUCUGAUAAUGAAUUUAAUGCAAGAGCAUCUUCAUUUUCUGCAUUGACAUCAAUAGUCGAAUAUGCCAAUAAUACAGUUGCUGAAGUUUCUGCUUCAGUUUCAACUUUUGUUAUGGAUAAAUUGGGUCAAACAAUGAGUGUUGAUGAGACUCAAUUAAAUAUGGAAGACAGACAAAGUUUGCAAGAGUUACAGGCAAAUAUUCUAACCGUUUUGGCUGCCGUGAUAAGAAAGUCGCCAUCUAGUGUAGAAUCAGUCUCUGAUAUGUUAAUGGAUUUAUUUUUGAAAAUGCUUGAUAAAAAAGAUUCAUCUUAUAUUGAAGAUGAUGUCUUCUAUGCGAUUUCAUCAUUGGCGUCAUCAUUGGGACCGAAAUUCGAAAAAUAUUUGGAAACUUUCUCCCCAUAUUUAGUAAGGGCUUUGAAUCAAGUUGAUUCACAAGUCGCAAUUGCAGCUGUUGGUUUUGUCGCAGAUAUUUCAAACUCAUUGGAGGGAGAUUUCAACAAAUAUGCAAUGGCCUUUAUGAAUGUUCUAGGUCAAAUGAUCACCGCUGAAAAUGGAAGAAAGGAACUAAAACCUGUUGUACUUAGUGUAUUUGGUGAUAUUGCAUCAAAUAUAGGGCCCAACUUUAUUCCAUAUUUAAAUGAGGUUAUGGGUUUAUGUGUUGCAGCUCAAAAUACCAAACCUGAAAAUGGUACCCUAGAAGCUUUAGACUAUCAUAUUAAAGUCAUUGAAUCCAUUUUAGAUGCAUAUGUCGGAACUGUUGCAGGUCUGAGUGGAAAUCCUGAAGCAUUAUUCCCAUAUGUAGGUACCAUUUUCCAAUUCAUAUCUACGAUAGCUGAAGAUCCACAACUUUACGGUGAAGACUCAACAGCAAGAUCAGCUGUUGGCAUGAUUGGUGAUAUAGCUGCAAUGUUCCCAGAUGGUUCCAUUAAGCAAUUCUAUGCACAAGAAUGGAUAACCGAAUUCAUCAAAAGAACAAGAAGCAACCCAGUUUUUACUCAAGCUACUAAAGAUACCGCAAGAUGGGCAAGAGAACAACAGAAACAUCAGUUAUCCUUAGGAACCUUGACGUGA